AUGAAAAACCCUACACAUGUGAGGAGUGCGGUCAAUGUUUUAUCACAGCCAGCAAGCUCGGAAGACAUAACAAGAGAAUCCAUCUAGCUAUCCGACACCAGUGCAGAAUAUGUUACAAAUACUUCUCUAGGUUUGAAUAUCUAACAAAACAUUUUGAUAAGAAACAUCCAGAAGAUAAGUUAGAAGGGGAACCGUACGAUUAUAAUGCGAUAUUGCCUUAUUUGAAAGAACUUGAGGAGCAAUUGCAAAUAAAAACUGAUGAACCGCAAGAGAAAAGUGAGAAGUUAUGGGAAGAUUGGCCGAUAGAUGAUUGUAAAUAUCCUAAUAUUAAAGAGAUUAUCAAACCGAUAGAUAAUGCUGUGAAUAGUUUAACAGUGGUCGUGGAAAUGCCUAAAGGAAUAAUAGAUACGGAAAUUAAAAAAGAAAUAGACUCGGAUGGAUAUAAUUCAGAUAUCAAAGGGGAUAUACAAGACAG